GUGUUGUAGCUUUUUGGGAGUCCUGUAGUCAAGAAGGAUAAUGAUAGCAAUCUCUCUCUCCCUCUCUUUCCUAAUGUCAAGCUUGAUAGAGGGCGGUGAGGAGCCAGAUCUGCCUUAUUCAGAUGGAGCUGCACAGGGACCGCUCGGCCGACGGAGCUGCGCGCAAACGGAGACGCACUUCAGAAACGCUUAAGGGAAUGUGGCAGAAAUCGGGCAAACCACCAAGUUCAUUUUAUGACUAACAUUGGGAUCCAAGGCUUCAGCCUGCAGCCACUGCCCCGUGUUUUGCACGGAUCACGGACCGGGAAAGGCUCCCCUUGGCUGCACGGGCGGAAUGGGAUCCUCGGCGAAACGCUGGACCCGGCUUUUCUGGAAACGGACCGUGGUCCUGCUGCUCUUUCUGCUGGUGGCGGACAGAUCUGCGGUUCGGGCAGAGCAAGAUGACAGCUUCAACGCAGAGUCCUGGCUGCGGCUCUAUGGCUACCUUCCCCAGGCCAGCGGUCGCAUGUCCACCAUGCGUUCGGCGCAGAUACUGUCUUCCGCCAUCAGCGACAUGCAGCGGUUUUAUGGUCUGCCGGUCACCGGCGUCCUGGACGAGGCCACACAGGAGGCCAUGAAGAGGCCUCGGUGCGGAGUCCCCGACAAAUUUGGGGGCCAGAUCAAAACCAACGUUCGCCGGAAACGCUACGCAUUGACAGGUCACAGGUGGAACAAGGAGGAGCUGACGUUCAGCAUUCAGAACUAUACUCCAAAAGUGGGCCAGUACAACUCCUACGAGGCGGUCCGCAAGGCCUUCCGGGUGUGGGAGAGCGCCACGCCGCUGCGCUUCCAUGAGGUGCCCUUCCAUGAAGUGAAGUACAACCGGCGCAAGGAGCCUGACAUCAUGGUGUUCUUCGCUUCUGGUUUCCAUGGUGACAGCUCACCCUUUGAUGGUGCUGGUGGCUUCCUGGCACACGCCUACUUUCCUGGGCCCGGCAUGGGUGGGGACACGCACUUUGACUCAGAUGAACCCUGGACACUUGGCAAUCAAGAUCUCUCAGGGAAUGAUCUCUUCCUGGUGGCCAUACAUGAGCUUGGCCAUGCCCUCGGCCUGGAACAUUCCAACAAUCCCUCUGCCAUCAUGGCGCCCUUCUACCAGUGGAUGGACACCGAUGACUUCCAGCUGCCCGAGGACGACCAGCGUGGAAUCCAGCAGAUCUACGGUCCCCCAAACAAUAGCCCCACCAGACCUCUGCCUACCGUUACCCCCCGGCAGCCUGCUCAGCCAGACCCCCGACAGCCCAGCCCCCCAAGGACACCCCAGGGCCCACCCCCCAGACAGCCCGAGAGCCCCCAAGGGACUGAUCGGCCGGACCACUAUGGCCCCAAUAUUUGCGAGGGCAACUUCGACACCGUAGCCAUGCUGCGUGGAGAGAUGUUUGUCUUCAAGGGUCGGUGGUUCUGGAGGGUCCGACGGAAUCGGGUGCUGGACAAUUAUCCCAUGCCAAUUGGGCACUUCUGGAGGGGGCUGCCUGGGGACAUUGACGCCGCCUACGAGCGACACGAUGGGAGGUUCGUCUUCUUCAAAGGAAGUAAGUACUGGCUUUUUCGGGAGGCACACCUGGAGCCUGGAUACCCCCAGGAGCUGAUGUACUAUGGGCGGGACAUCCCGUAUGACAAGAUUGAGACGGCCAUCUGGUGGGAACCCUCAGGUUUCACCUACUUAUUCAGAGGGGACCGAUACUGGCGUUUUAAUGAAGAAUCCCGGGCUGCGGACAGGGACUACCCCAAAUCCAUCAGCGUCUGGGGGGAAAUCCCACCCUCUCCCCGGGGGGCCUUCCUGAGCGAAGACGGAGCUUACACCUACUUCUACAAAGGAACUAAGUACUGGAAAUUUGACAACCUCCGCAUGACAAGCGAGCCGGGAUAUCCCAAAUCCAUCCUGCGGGAGUUCAUGGGAUGCCCAGUGGAUCCGGACAUGGACACGGAUAAAGACAAGGAUACAGGGCACAAGUGGCCCAAGGUCGACGAUAAGCCGUUCGACCCCAACGCGGGACGCGAUGGCGAUCGCACCAACGAGGUGGAUUACAAGGACGAGGGCACCGGUGACAUUGACGUGGUGGUGAAGAUGGAUAACGGCGGGGCCAGCGUGAUGGACAUCGUCAUGGUGACGGUGCCACUGGUGCUGGUGCUGUGCAUUUUGGGAUUGAUCUACGCCAUAAUUAGCACGUUGCAGAGGAAGGGGCCACCAAGGUUGCUGGUCUACUGCAAACGCUCCCUGCAGGACUGGGUGUGACCCCGACACCCACCUCCACCCCCGUGUCUCAGAUACACAUGCGCACACGCACUUAAUCCCAGGUUUUGAACACAGUGAUAUUCACAUGCGUUGGUGCAAAUAAACCACUCCCUACACCUCCCAGUCCAAAUACUGUAGUCUAUUUAUGCAAGUAAAAUUUGCACAUUUUUUGAUUGGUUGGCUUCCUUUAUUUUGUAUGUAUGUAAGUUUUUUUUUUAAACCAGGAAAUCCCCCCCCCCCCCUCCCCGGCACCCAGAAGCUUUCUCUGAGACAAAGAAGUGAAAUCUGGCAAGACAAUUACAGCUUGAAUUAAAGUGAAAUGCUGGCUACUUAGAAUCGGCCAAAGGAAAGCCUUCUUCCUCUAAAAGGUUCCCCCCCCCAUCUGAGGUAGUAGAAACUGCUGUGGAUUUUCAGUGGGGGAACCAGUGGGUCAGAAACCAGUAGACCUGGAAAUUACUGGUUCUGGAGGCGGGCAGGCCGAGCGGUGCGCAUCUCCUCACUCGAUGCCUUGCGGAAUCCUGACGACCCAGACGACAUGCAGAGUAGGCAGCCCUUCCACUUCAGAAAGUCAAAGUCACCGUGAUUUAAUGCACAAAUGUGUAGCUCAGGCAGUACAGUUAAAGUUGCUGGUGUAAAUGGUCUGUUAAAUGUUCAAAGGGGUCAUUGUUGCACUACCUUUUGUCUCCAAUGUGCCUGUGAAUGAAAGGUACUUGGAAAUAACCUGUUUUUACCUUUUAGCACUUAAAGAUAGAUCGCAUAGAGCAGGGGUGGGCAAUCCAGGAAGGGCCGGUGUGUAUGUGGGUUUUCAUUGAUACUCCUUAAUUAGAUUGUUCAUUAGAGGAUUAAUUGGCUGAAGGGUUUACACACCUGGGUUUGAACAGCUGACCUAAUGGUUGCCCCAAAAACUUGCAUAAACACUGGGCCUUUGCAGGUUUGAUUGCCCGUCUCUGACCUAGAGACAACCUGCUUACGUAACAGAGGGUCACCACAGACCCGACACUUCAUCGCAUUGCCCUGAAAUGUUUGAACUCUUACCCAUGAGCUCACAAAGCCUCAAUAACAAAAAUAAAAACUUAACAAAAGCGCACUCAUUACAACAGGCUGUUUGUGUUGUAAUGUAAUGUUUGUCAUAGGAGAAUCAUGGUAUCAUGGAAAAAAAAAUCUUCCCAGUGUUGGUUAGUGUGGUAAAAUGUUUAACGUAACGUGUGCCAGAAACAGGCUCGUAUUCCCAAUCUUUACAGAGAGGCUAAGUGGGGGUAAAGCUUUCAGACAGAACUAGUUAGGGUGGGUGGACACUGCCCUACCCAUAAUCCCAUUCAUGUUUGUGGAGCCAGGAGCAGAGCGAGUAGAUUUAUAAGGGUCCGCCGUGUUUCUGUGAUGUUUCAUAUCAUGAAAAUAUUUGUUUUAAAUGUACCAAUUUUACAUAAACUGUGAACUGCAGGAGCAGAAUUUGUGUCCUGUGUCUGUGCUCAAAAUCACUAACUAGUGGGGGGUGGAGGGGGUGUCUUUAUGCAGCUGUCUCUCUUGGCACCGGGUACUCUUACCCCCCCGAAUUUGCUAAUGCCUACCCUGCUACUAAUCUUGAGGGGGGGGUGGGUACAUAUUUUGGUAGCUUGUCAUAAAUAGGCAGGGGGAGACACAUCACAUGCCUGGGCCAGCCAGACAGUAUCCGGUUUCCUCCCUUGGGCUGGGCAGUCAGGCACAGGCUCUAGGACGAGACUGAGGGCAUCUGUGGUCUGAAUUUAUGCGGGAAAAAGAAAAUUAAUUCUUAUUGUAGCUGAUCUCUCUGUAGAAUUCUGAUAGAUAUGCAGGCUGGCCUCAGUCACCCAGGUCUGGCCAUACGGGCCCUGCCUUCUCUACCUUUAGAGUCUGGAAGGCCUUCUGCAGGCCUGCAGAGUGCCUCUUUACACUAAUCUGUAUCUUCCUAUGAAUCUCCUCCAGUGGAACCAAAGGUAUAAUUUUGGGUUGAACAUUGAUAGGGUUGAGGUCUCCACACAUUUAAGGGGGUCCAGGGGGUUGGCUGGUUUUGAUUAUUGGGGGGGGGGGUUACAACCCCACCCCUUCCCCCCAUAAUUUAUACUCAUGAGUGGAAUGUUCUUCCCAGUCACCUUAAAUCUGGAUGUGGACUUCACUUUCCAGAUUAUUUUGUAGAAGCUGGAGAUGCAGGGCGAGGUAUAAGACCAUGAGUGAUGUUCCCUAAAAAUCUUGAGCCGGGGUGCCCAACGCCAGUCCUCUUGGGCUGCACGGAUUCGCUCAACCUCAUCCGUUAAUCACUUUAAUAGACAUUUGUAUAGUGAAUUGUCUCACCUGGCGUUUCAGCUUUCAUUUAGGUGCUAAUUAAAACGUAUUCUGUGAAACGUACAGGAUUUCGGUUAGUGGGGCACUUCUGGUCUCGUGAUAGAUUAGCUUUGUCUUGCUGCAGACUAUACUAUAUUGUUCUUUUUAAUAUCAUUGGAAAUAGGAGAAUUUGUUUAUGUAAAUUGCUUUGUGUUUCUUAGAUUUAUUUGCAUUUUUUCAGUUUAACUGAAAUCCAUUCAAUUGUAAAUAAUACUUAAUUUUUUAAUGGUGUGUGAUUGUCUUAUUUGAAUUUGUGAAUAACAUUCCUUAUGCAGAAAUACUGAAGAUUUACAUUUAUGUUGUUCACUUCUUGUCAGAUGUAAUAAUUCAUGCUGGACAUGUGUAUUUCUUACACAAUAAAAAGUGACUGCUAAACCAGC